AUGACUUCGCAAGCGUCGCUGAACUUUGAUUCGUUUUCUGAGCAGCUUGCUCUUCAUCCAAAGCCCGAAAAUCUCAAGUUUACCUAUGGAACGGCAGGUUUCCGUAUGGUAGCUACCGAUUUGGACUAUGUGAAUUUCACGGUAGGAAUCCUAGCUUCGCUUAGAUCCAAAUACCUAGGCGGAAAAACUGUCGGAGUGAUGGUUACUGCUUCCCAUAACCCUCCUCAGGAUAACGGAGUUAAAGUCGUGGACCCCUUGGGUUCAAUGCUUGCUGCCGAAUGGGAAACCUAUGCUACAACCUUGGCCAACUCGAGCCAUGCAGAGUUAUUGGGAAAUAUCGUCAAACUCAGCACGGACUUGAAAAUUGACUUAUCGCAACCUUCCAGUGUGAUCAUCGCCAGAGAUUCGAGAGAACUGAGUCCUGCUUUAUCAAAUGCUACUAUUGAUGGAUUUAAGGCUGUGCCUAAUACUGAGUACACAGAUUAUGGUUUAUUCACUACUCCACAAUUGCACUAUUUGACAAGAACCUUAAACGAUUCUGCCUAUGGUGAAACAUCCGAAGAAGGUUACUAUAAGAAGAUGGCUGAUGCUUUUAAAAAUAUCUUCAAAUUAUCUGGCAACCAGGAAAAGAUUGAUAUCACCAUUGAUGCAGCCAACGGUGUAGGUGCUCCAAAGGCUGAAGAUUUGAUAAAAGGCUAUUUGUCGAACCAGGUUUCGUACACUUUGGUCAAUGGUGAUUAUUUGACUCCACAGCUCUUGAAUUACGACUGUGGUGCUGAUUACGUGAAGACUAACCAGAAGUUACCCAAGAACGUAGAUAGCCCAACGCCUAACAAGUUGUAUGCCUCUUUUGAUGGAGAUGCAGACAGAUUGAUAUGCUACUACAAUGAUUCCGAAACUGGUGAAUUCAGAUUGUUGGACGGCGAUAAGCUUGCUACCUUAAUUGCAUUAUUCUUCCAACAACUCUUCGAGCACAUCGACGAGACCAAGCUCAAGUUAAACAUUGGUGUAGUGCAAACGGCAUAUGCCAACGGUUCAUCUACCAAGUACGUAGAAGAUGUUUUGAAGAUACCUGUAGUCUGUACUUCUACUGGUGUAAAGCACUUGCAUCAUGCUGCGGAAGAAUUUGACAUUGGUGUAUACUUUGAAGCCAAUGGUCAUGGAACUGUGAUCUUCUCACCUGAGGCUGAAAGAAAGAUAUUCGCUUAUGAAAACGAGUCUGCUAGUGACAGAGAGUUGGAGUCUAUUCAUAUUUUACAGGAGUUUACCAAAUUGAUUAACCAGACAGUCGGUGAUGCCAUUUCCGACUUGUUGGCCGUAUUGAUCAUCCUACACUACUUGGGUUUGAAUCCAGAAGACUGGAACCAGUCCUACGACGACUUGCCUAACAAGUUGAUCAAAGUGAUUGUUCCCGACAGAUCCAUCUUCAAGACAACCAACGCUGAAAGAACCUUAGUAGAACCUGUUGGUUUGCAAGCUAAAAUCGACGACCUUGUCAAGAAGUAUCCUAGUGGAAGAUCUUUCGUCAGAGCUUCUGGUACGGAAGAUGCUGUCAGAGUAUAUGCUGAAGCCAAAACAAAGGAAGGUGUCGAGGAGUUGUCUAAGUUGGUUGGUGAAUUGGUGAAGUAAAAAAAGUACAACAAACAUAUUUAAUGUGAAAUAAAUCAAAAUCAGUAAUGUAUAACAAUAAAGUUGCAUUAACGAAAACAAAUAAAAUACUAGUAUACUUACCAAAUACAUAAUGAAAAC